UAAGUCAAGUUUAUACAAAAUAUCAGCUGUUGAAACUUGGGGGGAAAAGCCCGAGGGAAAAAGAUAGUUAAAGCCUUAAUAUAUUUAUAUCUACUCUGAUCGUGCCCGUAGCCUCAUAAGUAAAUCUCGUCAAAGAUUUAGAUAGCGAUACAGAUCGGUUUUUAACGAUGAAUCUCACUGGUUCAAACAUUUUUAUUAGCUUGGUGAUUUUUAGUUUUGGCGCGUACCUAAUAACUGCACAUGAGGAACAUCAGGGAAGCCGUUUACAUGAUACAAAAGUAACACAUGAUAAAGAGCACAUAAAAGAACAUCUAAAAGAUGAAAUAGAUGUUAAAGAUGAAAACUUAAAGGAGGAAGACCUUCAGUUCCACUAUUUCAAGCUUCAUGAUUACGACGGCAAUAAUAAAUUGGACGGAAUAGAGCUGAUGAAUGCAAUGACUCAUUACCAUGACGAGGAAGAUAACAGCACAACUACCUAUACUGAUGACCAGCUGUCAAGUAUGAUUGAUCAAAUUCUUGGAGAGGAUGAUACUAACAAAGAUGGCUACAUUGAUUAUCCAGAGUUCAUUGCAUCACAGAAGAGUUAAAUUGAAUUGAAAAUUUGAAGUCACAUUCCUACACCUGUGAAUCGGAUAUGAAUUAGGACAUCAUCUAUUGAUUAUAAAAGGUCAUUAAUCAUAUCAUCUGGAGGAACAGAGAAACUAUGGAUUGACUCAUUAAGACAGAUAUUAUCAAGAAGACAUUAUUAAUAGAUGCUAGUUCAAAGACUUUGUUUUGUUCCAUAAAUACUCACACUUCCAAAAGAGAAGGGUGGAAAUGCUAAACCCCAUACUUGCACGACGUUCCAACUUAAAAAAGUAUUUUCAGUGACUCCCUCUGAACCCUCACCUCCCUCCCUCAUCCCAAGUCUACCCCUUGGCAAUUCUAAUCCUCUUCAAUAGCAAGGUAUAGAUAUUUCUUGGGAAUUUAGAAUCCAACAAUGGAUAACAUAGAUUAUAUUGUAGAGCAAUUUUCGUGUGCAUGGGAAACAAUAUAUCAAAUUUGUAACUGUACUGUUGACGUACUGUAUCAUUGAUACUGUAACACUGUAUAUGGUUCUUGUGAUUGGAUGAAUGGAAGACUGGCACAAUCAGGUCAUGUGUAACUCUAAUGCAAAUUUUCCAUUACUGGAAGACACUAAGAAGUCAUUCAAUGUUACAGCAUGUCAUAAAGUUUAUGUGUACUGUAAGUCAGUACCAUAAAUUACUCACACAUACAAAAACCACUUCGUUGGUUUGAGCAUUAAACCACUUUUCAUACUUCUGUAACCUAGGCAACCCCUAUACCAUCACCAUUUUUUCUAGAGUUUUCGCUUCAUUCCAUAUUCCAUAGUUGCAAUGUUGAUUUACUUGCAAUGCUACUGUCAUAGUUAGAUACUUUCCGUCACACACAUUCUGCUAUCCUACUUUUUAUGUUACUUUUAUAGUUGCUUAAUGAAUUGCUAUCAUGCAAUAUUUGAAUUCUAUACUUGGGUAUUAUAGUUCCUCUUAAUUAAAUGAUUGCACCAUUUG